UCCCAGGACGCGGCGCGGCGCCGUGGUUGCCAUGGCUGCUCAAGGCCCGCGGGGCGCACGCUAGCCCAGGCGGCGACCGAGACCGGGAAGGCGGAAGGAACCCGGCGCGCAGGCCGUCAGCCGCUGGUGUGGAGAGAUGGCAGUGAGCCACUCCGUGAAGGAGCGGACCAUCUCCGAGAACAGCCUCAUCAUCCUCUUGCAAGGCCUCCAGGGCCGGGAGACCACGGUGGACCUGCGGGACGAGAGUGUGGCCCACGGACGCAUAGACAACGUCGAUGCCUUCAUGAACAUCCGCCUGGCCAAGGUCACCUACACGGACCGCUGGGGUCACCAGGUCCAGCUGGAUGACCUGUUUGUGACAGGCCGUAACGUCCGCUAUGUGCAUAUCCCCGAUGACGUGAACAUCACCGCGACCAUCGAGCAGCAGCUGCAGCUCAUCCAUCGGGUGCGCAACUUCGGCAGCACAGGCAAAGGCCGCCGGGAGUUCCCCUCCAAACGCCAUAAGUGAGGCUGUGCCCUCGGCCAGCUCCAGCCCCAACUCAGGCUCCUCCGCAUUCUGAGCCGGCUUCCCGCCAUCCCUCCCUGCCCAGAGCCAGGGAAGGGGGCAGAACCAACCCAGAAACUGGCAUCCAGCAGACACCCCUGACACACAGCUGCCUUUUGCAGGGUUCCGCCUCCCAGACUCACCCUGGAACCCAGAAUCCCGUCUCUCUGUGGCCUUGGGGCAGGUGACAGUCCCCCUUUUUGCUCCUUUGCACCUGAACCUCUCUGGGUUGCUGGGUUAUGGAAUCUGUGCAGUAGUUUUUAACCCUCUCCCAGUGAGGAUUAUGAAAUGGGCUCAUUCUGAGCCCCAUCUCGGUGUCCCCUUUUCUCUUGCAGUUAUGGUCACUUUCUCAUAAAAUCAAACUUGGAU